UGUUACACGUGCAAAAAAGAAUACGAAAAAUCGCCAUCUCGUCGAGUUUACUUUACGACUUUACUUUUGAAAACAGAAAUAGUUAAAAGAUGCAUUAUGAAAGAAUCAAUUAUUGUUUGAAUCUCUGGUUCUAGUUCAACAUGGACUUACUAGAUGGAGAAAAAAGUUUGUGAGCCACACUUGAACAUACAGGAAAUGCAAGAUUGAUGAUUUCCACUUCCAGGUUACCAACUUUGAUGAAAAGCAUUUUUCUCUUUUCCCCGCCAGUCAGUCAACGGUAGAAUUUAUCAAAAGUAUAAUCAAGACACCUUAAACAGUCAAUCAUAAGUUACCUAAAUCGAUUUUCCAAACUCAACAAGUGGUAAAAGCAGUAAAAGUAGGAAUACCAGUCAGUGACUGCCGAUUCCUGAAUGCUUAAACUAAAGUGUGUUGUAACUAUACUAUGUGCAAGAAAGAAAAGUUGUCGUAUUUUCUAAUACUUUUGAAUCCAGUUUCAUCCUACCACGAUGUAAUAGGUGUAAUGUAGUUGUAAUAUAUAUUACAUCGUGAUCCUACAAAGGGAAACGAAAAGGGCCGUUCAGCUUUUCGACAAGUUGAGAGGGACCCAGAAAAUUUUAACCCCAAUAAUCCCCUUAGUUUCUUCAGUCCGAACUCGUGUGGCGGGGAAUAGAUUUAAUUCUUUAAAUGCUCUCCAGUGUUAAGAAUGUUAAAAUUUAUUUUGAUGGGGUUUUGACCGUUUUGUAUUGGUUUCCUUUUUAAUAAUUGAGGGGUUGUAGUUUUGUUUCUUUUUUUUUUUUUUAUUAUAGCCUUUCUUUUUGGCCGAAUUGGAAUUUUCGACGCAGGUGGUGGCCGCCGUGGAUCACUGGAUCCCCUGCCGGAUGCGCAGCUUGGCGUUUCAGAACAUGCUGGUGAAAUUCCCAUGUUGGGGCUGAGAUAGUGUGGCGAGAGAAGCGGCCAGUGGCUGCCAAUUUCUGUUGGCUCAACCGGGUCCACUGAUGAAAUAGAAAUAACAACUUAUUAUGUCCCAAACGCUUCCCGCCGAGCUGCCACUUGCCGUUGGGGGGAAAUGAUACGCUGCAAUUAUAUCGACAAGAAAACUGAAUACGACGGGCAUUUAAAUGACGACCCAUUUCGUCGUUGGAUUCAUAAACCUUCGAACCUCCCGUAGAAAAUGAAGUUCUUUCCUAUUUUCUUCCUUUUGGCUGUCGUCUUCCUUUUGGCUGUCGCUGCUGGGGAGGCCCUUGGCGAAAUUUGCAAUUCCCGGAAGACGACAACAAAUCUGAUAGCGAGACGAACUUGGCCCAGUCAAAUUGCCUCGACGACGGCCAAACCGACAACCAACACGACGACGGCCAGUCCAAAGAGCACAACAACCGCAGAGUCAUCCACUGUUUCGACGACAGCACCAACAACAACCACAACAACUGCUGUGACAAGCACGACGAGCAUCCCGUCGACAACCACCACAAAGUCCAGCAGCACCAUGAGUUCAACAUCAACAACAAUGGCAACAACAACUCCUUUGCGGCCGAUUUUUACAUGCGCCGUUGAUAAACCAGCCUGCGGAAAUAUGUGCGGCGACGCGACGUCGGCGACUACCGGUGUUGUCCAGUCUCCCAACUUCCCCGGCGACUACGGCAAUUAUUAUCAAAGGUAUUGCGCUGUCACCAUCACCGCCCCAGCCGGAUGGAUGAUCCAACUGAACUUCACCACCUUCAAUGUGGAAACUGAUGCGGCCUAUGUUCAGAUUGGUGGCGAAAUGACUAUAACCGGAAACGAAAUUCCCGCUCUAGUCCCCGUAGCAUCCGAGACCAUGUUCAUCAACUUUCUUUACGCUGCCAGUAGUAAACCCACCAGCGCCGUAUUCAAUUGGCAGGCGACCCUUUCUGUGACGAGCGACAGGAGUUCUUGUUCCGUUGGUAAUCCAACAUCAGCCUGCGGAACUAUGUGCACCAAUGCCACGUCAGCGGGCACCGGUGUUGUCCAGUCUCCCAACUUUCCCGGCGAUUACGGCAAUAAGCGAAUGAAUUCAUGCUCCGUCACCAUCAUCGUGCCAAUAGGAAAGAGAAUCCAGCUGAACUUCAACACCUUCAAUGUGGAGACUAAUGCAGCCGUUCUUUUUGUUGGAGACAAAAACACGACUUAUUUGAACCUUGUAAGCGGAAACACAAUUCCUGCAGCAAUCACCACAUCAUCCAACGUCGUGUAUAUGAUCUUUAAUUCCUAUGACAGUAGUAAACCCAUGGACACCAUAUACAAUUGGCAGGCGACUUACACUGCUGUGUAACGACAACCACAACAUCUCGGCUCAUUUUAAGAAAUAAAAACGACGACGGCCGAUGAAAUAAAUUUCUUGACUUUUCCUUCACUCGCUGUGCUUUAUUAUCAAACACAGCGCCGUGAUUCGAAAUGAUUUACAUUACUAUUUUAUUAUCAAUUGGCAAACAAAUAAAUUUAUUUAGUCCCUU